GCGGCUCCCCGCGGUCCUGUUUUCCUCUGAGCGCGCUCGUGAACCGCACAGCUGGUCGCGCGCUCUUGCCAGUGUCUCGCGCUUCUUCAUUCACACACUGAACUCGGCGCGAGCAGAGGAGGCGGGAGCCGCUCAAUCUCUCUCAUUGAGGAGAAGAGUUUAUUAAAGGAGCAGUUUAAACUAGCUCUCGUCCGGUGUUGAGGAGAUUUUACAGUUUCUGUCGGGUUUCGUCAGACUUAAACCGACUGCUGUCUCCGAAAGUUAACGGAAGCGCACAGUUUUGCUCGUGUCCGUUUCUUUAGUUCGUUGGAGUUUCUGCUUUUUGUCGCUGUCUUCACUUACACUAGUUUUUACUCAGAUUUACUGUUCCUGUUCACUUAGCGGAGUAUUUUUUUUUUUUUUUUUUUACUUUUUUAGUGGAUGUAAUCUGUGUGGAAACUUAAACUCGUCACGUGGCUUUUUCAGUUUUGAGUGACAUUAUUAUUAUUGUCCGUUGAUUUUCACAGGUGAACAGCUGUUCCCCAUCACCCCCUCUUCAAUGGUUUGACUAAACCCACUGCUGGAGAUCCUUAAAACUUAAACUUUCUGAGUGUGUUUCCAUUUGUAAACAUGGAUAAAUACGACGAUUUGGGACUUGAGGCGAGUAAAUUCAUCGAGGACUUGAACAUGUAUGAAGCAUCGAAGGACGGCUUAUUUCGCGUGAAGAGAGAUGCAGGAAACAACCCGGAUUUUGAAGAAACCAGGAGGGUUUUUGCCUCAAAAAUGACCAAAAUACACAUGCAAAAACAGCAAGAGGAGAUGGCAAGAAGCGAAAGUGUGCCAGCAAGGAUCAAUGGAAGUAAUCUGAAAGUGUCAGAUAACACAUUUUACACCAAAGACAGACCACCCAUCAAUAGUUAUAGACAAGGAGGUGAAGCAGCAGCCAAACCACCCAUCAUGUCCGGACCAAUGGUUGGCACUGCCAAUGUGACUCCAUACAUAUCUUACGAAGGACAAAAACAUCAUUCAGCCGGCUUACACGAUGGAUCCAGCAGCAGUAAGGAGAUUGGAAAUGCUGUUAACCCAAUACCAGUGCCAGCCCGGGCAUCGCCCUCAACCAGCCCCCCUGGCACAUGGGCGUCAAGAAGCGGCUACCCCUCUCAGGUGCCAUCAUCUCCUUUCUCGAACAGUUCUAGCCCACAUGGAGCUCAUUCUCCAGUGUCCCAGGGCUUCUCUCAAACCUUUGCCCCUUCAGGGAAGUCUCCCUCACAGUCACCCACAGGAACAUAUAGGGAUUCAUAUCACCAGCCUCUUCAAGUUAGCCCUGGUCAACCCAUCUCUGCCAGUGGACCAACACAAAACGGGGCAGCUCAUAACAUUGGCACCCCCUCCCUUACCCAGGUGACCCCACCUCCACUGUCCCAUGGAGGGAAGCAAGGUGAGCCACUCCAACCCAGUAACCUGACAACGGCUGUUCCCACAGUGGCGGCCCCUGUGGAGUCGUCCCGUGAUGAGUCUCCCAGCCCUUCUCGGGCACUCAAACUGCCAUGCCAGACCCUCCAAGUACAGACAGAUCAGGGGCCAUCUGCGGCUGAAAUAAAAUUAGAAGCUCUAACUGAACGGCUGGAAAAGGAGAUGGACGUCCAGCCAAAGGCUGAGUACUUUGGCAGCUGUGUGAAGUGCAACAAGGCUGUUUAUGGAGCCAGUCAGGCAUGUCAGGCCAUGGGCAGCCUGUACCAUGACAGCUGCUUCACCUGUAGCGCAUGCAGUCGAAAGCUCCGGGGAAAAGCCUUUUACUACGUCUGUGGGAAAGUCUUUUGUGAAGAGGACUUCCUGCUGUGGAAUCCAACCAUUCAACCAUCUGAGUACUCUGGGUUCCAGCAGUCAGCCGACAAAUGCAACGUGUGCGGACAUUUAAUCAUGGACAUGAUCCUGCAGGCGCUGGGAAAGUCUUACCACCCAGGCUGCUUCCGCUGCGCCAUCUGUAAUGAGAGUUUGGAUGGCGUGCCUUUCACUGUGGACACAGAGAAUAAGAUCUACUGUGUGAAGGACUACCACAGAGUUCUAGCACCUAAAUGUGCAGCAUGUAAUCAGCCGAUCCUGCCCUCUGAGGUAAGACACGGAUCAGAUGAAACCAUUCGAGUGGUCUCCAUGGACAAGGACUACCAUGUGGAGUGCUAUCACUGUGAGGACUGUCACAUGGAGUUGAAUGACGAGGAGGGUCACCGCUGCUAUCCUCUAGACGGACACCUGCUCUGUCACGCAUGUCACCUCAAACACAUCGACCCUGCCGCCCCUCUGUCUGCAGCAAACAGCUACCACAGUCAGUUUUAAGGAUCUGCCACCCCCUUGUGGGUGUUCAGAGACAUCACAAUCAUUUGCCAAAGAUGCUCAGCUAUUACAUGCCAAAAAUCACAGCUGAGAUUGAGAUUACAAAAAGAAAGUAAUUUAGCCUUGCUUGUAUAAUACAAAUGCUGUAAACAAUGAGCCAUUGGCUUAUGCAAAAUGCUACAGAUUUUUGUAAAUAGGGCACCCAUUACAUGCUGUAUGUUAUUACUAAACUUUGCAAACCUUUUUCUGAAUUUCUUCAAUGGCAUCUAAUAGUAUAUAAACAUUUAUUUAAGUCUUUUUUAAAAGGUUUGCUCAGUAAUUGUUUUUAUUCUCUUGUGCUGGUCAAUAUUCUUCAAGUUAUACUGAUACUAAACAAAGUAGACGCUGCAUCAUAAAAAAGCAAUUUUUUUUGAAAAUUUCAGAAGCUUAUUUGAAUGCUUGUUCAUCAAGCACAUCAAGCAUAAACCAACCAAAUAAAAAUCACACUUUUCUACAGUCAUGUUUUUACAUCUAUUAUUCUGAAUACCUUUGAAUACCUUUUGUCACUGCACAGAAUUCAGCAGUACACCACAGCUCUUAAACUUGGCAGGUCAAACCCACACCUUGACACCAAUUACUCUCAAUUCAAAACCAUUAUAUCAGACAUGGAGGUUGACAUGUUUUUUCUGUUAAUGAUCUUGAUUGUUUGUACAUUUUGUUGAGUGAAGAUAGAAUGGCACAAUAGAAUGUCGGGUUGUUUGCCAAGUUUGGUGAAUCGGAUCACAAAAGCUAUUCUUGCAGAAAUUCAAAUAAUUUAAAUGGGUUGUCACAAAACUCCAGAUUAAGAUGAAAUGAUCUUGAGGCCAAAAGUAACUGCAGCAUAGCUCACCUGCUUAUUUAUAAAUAACCAUGGGAAAGACUUAGUAAAUCAUUUAUAUGCCUGUCGUUUCUAUCAUUUUCAUUAGUUAAGCGGUUGAUUGUGUUCACUGCCUUGUGUUCUCAGUGUUACUUAUUUAUCCAUCUGCUCCUAUUAAAACGUAGGAUGUGAUGUGUUAUGCUGAUGAUUUUGAAAAAAAUAAAAGAUUUUAUGAUGAUU